AUGCUUGGAAUGCAUACCGAUCAUGAGGAGCCGCAUUGGCAGGUACCAACUGCGAACCCCUCGUCAGAGACCCGGCCAGAUUCAUCAAGCGCCUCAUCCUCGGCACCGACAGCCUCGUCUCCAGUACCCAACACACAGGAUGAGGCUAUUUCUUCUUCGUCAAGCCCGGUAUCAACAUCCGUAUGCGCGCAAUGCGGAAAGUCACCAGAAUCGCUGAAGCAAUGUAUAAAAUGCCACAGCGUGCACUACUGCAACAAAGACUGCCAAAAGUCACAUUUCAAGACACACAAGAAAGCGUGUCCGAUUUUGGCGCAAGAGUAUGUCAAAUUGCAUGAGCCAAAGAUGGCAAGUCGAUCAAGUGGUGGCGCAAAGGGAGAGGGAAGAGAAAGGGGAAUACAGAAGUGGCAGCGCAUUAACAUGUGGCCGGGCAGUCUAGAUGCGCACGGAUCAUUUCUCCAUACGGUAAGGCGCAGCAGGGUACGUGCUGCUGUGGCUCGCACGAAAGCGAUCGAAGAUGAGCGACCGGGCUGGAGAUUGCACCUGCGACAGAAAGAGUGCUAUGAGCAAUAUAAGUGCGGGCCAAAAGAGGCCAUCAGCUGGUACUGCGAACUUUGGACCUUUGUACUUGGACAACACCACUUCAGCCACGUCUCUGUGCGCCUGUCCAACCCAGCAAACGCCAUCAUUAUAGCGUGCCCUGUGCCCAACCACCCAUCCUCGGACAUCUGGUUUGCCAUGACCGAACCCCAGUCCCCAUCACGUGUUGCCCUCCAGCAAUUCCAAACUGAGACUUCUUCACACUUUCCAUGCCAGUCCCGCGAAGCUUUCCAGCCCAGCUCUGUUCCAGCUACGCCCGAUGGAGGUGUAGAUGCGGGUCCUUAUCAUGACAUAGCUCACCAAAGCUAUAUGCCUUCGUUCCUCGAAGACUCUUUCCCUCAGCCUUUCCCGCACCCUUUCGACUUGCCACAGCCCUUGAAGACUCCUACGAUCGAGGAGCGGCCAGAUCUUGACUUGACUUUGAGUCUUCCCGCAGGUAGCGCCUCGCUCCCUACAUCCACUGUACUGAGGACAGCGCAUAACUUGCGUCUGCCCUCGUUCGAUCAGCUUGGAAUUGCUGCGCCCCACCCCGAUCGCAUCUCGCUUCAAACCGAUCAGUCUUUCUCUCCAUUAGGCGCCGGGCCACUCUCAAAACCAGAAGAUCCCCUCCAUGCGCUCAGCCCACCUCUCGGUCUUUUCGAGCACCACGAAAGCAACAUUCAUGCCCCCGCUACCACUCCCAAGGCUGCCAAAGCUGGUCUGGGACACAUUAUAUCCACGCACACGCCUCCCUCGGAGCCGGGGACGAUCAGUUGGGGAUCCUUUGUGAAUGUACGGACAGCUGGACUAGGUUCACCCCCCAGUUCUGAUCCGGGCAAAUCACCCAAUUUGAGAGUAACUGCAAGUACAACUGCCCCUGCUCAAGCGCCCAUCAUCGUUCCAACUCACGACGAGUUCACCGACGCACUGAGAAUGGAAACUUGGAUAGACGAUGUGAAAAGCACCAUCAUGGCCGAAUCUGGAUGCCUACAUCAUGACUCCGUCAAGAUACUGUCCCAUGCCCUCCCUUGUCCUUCAACAACAGGCCAUAUUUUUGGUCAAAUCAUCGCUUCUAUCCAUGACAGGUCUACGACGGAAACUUCAUGGAUUAAUGUCUUUCAUGCCCUUCCUGGCCGCUACACCCUCAUGGACCUUCCCAAAUCCCCGCCAUCGACUCCUGGGCCCGCUAUUGGAGGAGACUCAUACUUCACAAGCAAAGUCUUUGAUAGUGCCGUCGCCAUCCCCGACUACCAGCUUGACUCACAACUUUUGCCCCCAUCACCUAGGCCUGUGGUCCCACCGGGUAGCAUCAAUGUAUCCAUUGUCGAGAGAUACAUUCCACCUACGAAUACGAACGAAUAUUCGGAAAUGUUUACAUUUCGAGGGCGAUCCCUGUUGUACGACCGCCUGCUCGAGCUUUCUAGCAACGAUGGUAUUCUCCUGUUCAUCUACCCGACCAAGACUGGUGCGAAGACUUUCACGCAGCAGUAUCUUGGACCAAUCCUAGAUCCCCUCCUGCGAACUAUGACAGUAGUAAAUGACCUUCAUUCAGAGCUGGGAAAGAACUUGGGUCAAAUGGCCUCGGUAAACUACCUGGAUGAGUACAGUCGUCUUGAAAGCCAAGUGCGGAAGUUCUGCUAUGCUAUGACCGAACGCCAGGCUAACACCGACUACAACGUCAUCUAUUCGGCAAAAGAGGAGGUUCCAUUGACGAGGUCUGCUUGGGCAGACGACUGGUGGAUAAAGCAGGAAAAACCUCGGAUCCGGGAUCUCAUCUCAUCAUACUUCUCCAAGACGAGGAAGCUUCCAUCUAGUGAAUACACUAGCGCAGCCAUGAUCGAGGAAGUAAUCAAGGGUGUCUCAGAGCGAGACUAUUACGAUGGAGAACCUACAAAAGGCGUUGAACUCGGCAUCUUUAUCGUUAAAAAGACAAGAGUCGCUACAUAAGCUUCUCGCCUGCCACACCGACUGGAACACGGAUGGUAGAGAGCGUUUCGACAUCACACGAGGCAACAAAUAAACGUUGUAUCAGUAAACUUGACCAGGUGUUUUACUUGAAGCAAUGAUCUCACGGGUACAUGAAAAUUACGAUACGAGGACUCCUACAGUACGACGGUGCGAUUAUUCAUUAUGUCAUAGCAUUUGCGCGGCGUCAGCGGCAUGGAUUGAUAUCUGUCUGUAUUACAGAACAGCCCACAAAAGAGAGCAAAGGGACGUAAUAGUAAUACUCCGAUGAGCAUGUUAUAGCAGAUUAAACAUUUUAAAGCAGA